AUGGAAGAUGACUUAGAUAUAGAGAAUGAUGAGGUUGCUGUAGAGGACAAUGACUGUGAUGUAGACUUUGAUGUUGAAUCAGAUGACGAGGAGGAUAAGCAGGACGAUGAAACUGUAAUAAUUGACAACAGUGAUAUUACUGAUAUUGAAAAUGAUGACCUUGAUAAUACUAUCAAGUACAAUUCUUCAAAUGUUGAAUGGACAUCACACCUAAAACCAGUAGUCAUAAAGCCUUUCACUAGUGAUGUUGGUCCUCAUACUAUCUUACCACACUUAGCAAUUGGUCGGUUUGAAUUGUUUUUCACGUCAUCCAUAAUUCCAAACUUUGUGGACCAAACCAAUCUGUAUGCAUCUCAUUGUAUGUCACCAGAAAGUUUUCAAUCAUGGGAAAAGGUAUGUCAAGAGGAGAUAGAGGCAUUUCUUGGCUUUAAAAUACUGAUGGGGUUAGUCAAAUUACCAUCACUUUUGGACUAUUGGAGUAAAGAUGAGACUUACCCACUAUAA